AUGUUAAGUUGUUACCACCAGCUCUUAUGCUUUGCUUCUGACACUGGUAUUCAUCUGUGUGACCCCGUAAACAAGGAGUUAAACAAAUCACCCGAAUCUACUUUGUCUCCAUGGUGUUUCAAUAGCUCAGACGGCGAGUGUCUCGUCUCCUUUGGAUUUGUAGACGCCAAGAACCAGUACAAAGUCAUCAAGUGGCCCCAGGACUUAGAGGAGAACCGUACAAGAAGGUUGCCAAGUGGCCUCAUCACGACUUGGAAGAAAGUUGAUCUCAAGUUUGAGGUAUUGAAUAUGGAUAUUGCAGAAGAUGGUCACCUUAAAGUAUCCAGUUGGAGAAGGCUACGUAGGCCAUGUCCCUAUCUACUACAACUCUCUUCUCGGGUUCACGUCAAUGGGUUCAUCUACUGGACCACUAGUGAUUUUCAGAUCGUGUCUUUCUCUUUACAAGACGAGACUUUCUCAACCCUAAACCUUAAACCUCCUUGCUUCCGCCUUGACACACAAGGAUCACAACACAAAUCAUCUCGAUUUUUCACGUUAUCUGGAAGCCGCGGAAACUUAUGGAUGAUAGAUUACCAUGUCUUGUCUUAA